AUGUCGAUAGACACUCCCGCAAAGCGUCAGCGCACCAGCGACGCCUCUACCCGUGCACACAAGCGCGUCGUCCGCAAGCCCCUCUCCACGCAACAACGCCAGUCGCUCCGCCAUGCCCUCUAUCUCGAAAACGGCAUCGACGUCGCUGAGCAGCUCCAGCGCCUCACACACGGCCAAUCCGACCUUGAUCAGAUCGACUGGUCAGCCCAAAAUCUGAUCGCAACCGCCUCGGGAUCCUCUAGCUCGACUUCCCCUUCGGGAAGCGCACAUGUGAUCGUACGAUAUCCCGUGCCACAGUCGUCCAAGCACUCCCUCAGGCCCUCUCACCUCUACCCACACCAGCCCUACUUUUCCGCCACGCCCGUUGCUGCGCCAUCCCAACCACGCGCUCCUAGUGUACGCUAUGACGAUCCACGCCACAUCGCCUUCAGUCCUUGCGGCUUCUACCUCUGCGCCUACUUUCCCGCUCUGCCCGCCAACACGCCUUUAUCAUCGCUCAAUCCAGCGCUACCAACGCUGCCUUCGGACGCCCAGAUCGGCCAUAACGCCGCCGAGCCCAUGGCUGCUACGGCUUCGGCGACCAGCAUUCCGAUGAUCAACCAGCUCAGUGGCGCAGUUCCUCCGCUAGACCCAUCGGUAGCCGCUUCCACCAACCCAUCUGUCGCACAGACAACAGCAGCCGCAUCUCUCGGCUCGGCCUCGGAGCCUUCAGGUGUAUUCUGCACAUGGUCACGAGCCGAAACUGCCGCUUUGAACGACUGGAAGCUUGUCGAUUCCAUCCCUGUCGACAACGUCCAGCAUCCAGCUCCUACCGCCGCCGCGGGCAAGGCGGACAAUGUGCUCAAGGUCAACGACAAGGGCCAACAGAUCGUCAAGGACGCCAGCCGCGCAUCACCUGCAUCUAGAGACGGCGUGCACCUCCACGCCGGCGUAGCCAAGGUGGUCUGGCUCAACCAGAGGCGUCGAGUCGUGCUGCCAACCGCAUCGUCCGCUACAAGCCACUAUGGAAGUGCACCGUUCGAGCGGCUCUCGUCCCGCGGUCCCACCUGCGUACCCGCCGCUGCAGCGCCCAACGACGAGGCUGGCCCGGACAAAGACCUUGCACUGGUUGUGUUCGGGCAGCGCGGGCAGGUGACGCUGCUGUGCAGACGCAACGCCAAUACCAACGAUUCCUCCAUCGACACCGCCAAAGCACGCACCAAGUUCUUUACCACUGUGCUGCAGUCCGAUCUGCACACGCCAAGGGUGCAGCCGUCGCCCAUCACGCUCGAUUCGUCCACAGGCACAGAGCGUCCGGACGGCGUGGGGUCAGCGUAUGCGUCGCUGUUCGCGGGCGAGGCGGAUGGAGCCGACGAUGGCUUGGGGUACGCUCACGACGCGCGCAUCUCGCACCUGGCGGUGGGAAUGCCAGCCAACGAGCCGGUGCUGCUGGUUGCCUCGAAGCGCACCUCGGCACCAGCAGCGCUUGUGGACCUCGCCGAAAUUACCGUCGACCUGCGUGCCGAUGCGGUGACCAUGACCACGCGUCCGCUCCAGCCCAUCUCGCUCGCGCCAGUCGAACCGGCUUCGAGCGAGGGUUCGACAGCAGAGAAGGCGGGCGGAUCGAGUGACGACGCACUCACCCUGCUCACGUGGGCCGAGGUGGAUGCCAAAGAGCCCUCGGGCGCCGCAGCGGGCAAGACCGACUCGCUCCGGCUCGUGGCUUGCUGGUCGCACCUCGACGAUGCGAGCGGCGACGACAAGGAGGAUGGUAUGGGUAUGCACAGUAGCCUGGCGGUGUGGGAUCUGUACAAGGCCGAGACGGAGCUGAGCGAGGCGUUUGCGACGCUCGAGUGUCGCAAGGCGGGUCAGGCUCCUGCAUGGCUCGAAUGGCAGCUGCGCUUUGCGAGCGCAAAAACGCUGCGUGGCCAACUCGUCACUUCGUUCGUCGCCCCGCAUGCGCUGGUGGGCGCCAACACGGCCAUCCUCACCUCACUCAGCGCGGCACAGGCCAAACCAGGCCUGCUUUCCGAGCAGCUGGCAAUGGUUGAUCUGCACACGCUCGAGCUCGCGCAACACGUGCCCGUUCCGCCACGCGCGCUGCUGCGAUGCUCCCGCCCCGUGGUCUCGGCCAACGGCGCGCUCAUCGCCGUCUUUGCGCACGCACACACCGGCGCAACCCCCGCGAUCGUCAUGUGGAAGCUCCCCUGGCACUCCCUCCGCCCCCACACGGAUGAUGCGACCAAGCCAUCGGUGGAUGAGGGGAGCGAGGAGAGGGCGAGAUUGGUUCAGCUGUUGGCGCUGUCGUGCGUGCGCGCGAGUGACGCAUCGGACAUCAGCCGGGUGUACGGCGCAAGCGCAGGUGGCGACGACGCCAAGCUGCUAGUGGACGUGGCCGACGUGCUCAAGAUCACCGACUCCAAACGGCAGGAUGUGCUGGUCAAGAUCGAGGGCGCUACAGCCAAGGGCCCGAGUCACACCAACUCGAUCCCUUUUCAUCAGGCGCUGCGGCUGCUCAAGAUCCGCAUGGCCAUCGCUAGCCCCGCAUCGCCCAGCGUGCGGUUGCAGAGGUUGGUGCUGGAGCUUGGGUUGUGUUAUCAGGUUCUGCGCCUCGCGCGCGUAUCCACACAGGUACCUACGACGCUCAAGGACGAGGGCAAGAAGAAGGGAAAGCCUGUGGGUGGCGAGAUGCGACCACGCGUGUACUACCGCCUCGAAAGCGUGUGGCCGCUACUUGCGCAGCUGCAGUGGCUGCUUGGCCUGCUGGACGGCGUAAGUAAACUUUCGCUUGCCACGGCGGCGGUGGGCACGGAGAGCAAGGAUGACACGCGGGAGGAGGUGUUUGAGGAGCAAUUCGUGCGCAUGAUGGGCAAGCCUACGCCGCGCCGGUUGGUGCUGCACAUCGUCGCGCACGUAGUCGACUUUGUGCAGUGGGUCGAGAGCACGGUGCGCGCCGAGAACCUGCCGCCGCCGACGGGGGCGAGUGUAGGCGACGAGAUCGGGUUCCUUGCCAAUGCUGCCACGCGCGGCGUGCUGGCGGUGAGCGAGCAGAUGGCUCUGGCGCGCGAGGCACUGGCCCACAUCACGCGCAGCGCAUCCAUCGAUCUCGCCGACUUUGCCCAUCUGCUUGCCAGCAUCGAGGCGGAGUCUGGUGCGGCGCCCACAGCGCGAGCGAGGGAGACGGAUCGAUUCUGGUGGGCCACGUUGGGCGGAGGCAGCUUGGAAGAGCAAGGCGAGGUGAAAGCGGACGAAGGGGUGCCGGCCAAGUUGCUGGGUUUGAUUGGGGAUGCACAGUCUGGAGCGCUCGUGGAUGUUUUGCCGCUCUUUGUCGUGCCGACGGAUCUCACCGACGAACGCAGUGUACUCUACGAUGCGAGUGCGGACGCCGCGCACGCUGCAUCUCCGCUCGUACAAGCCCUCAGUGCCAUGGCAGCCAAACGCGACACUCAACGCGACAUUAUGCGCAAAACCACCUUACGCACCGCCGUGACCCAGUCGACCAUCAUCAACGACUCUGCCGCGAUUAUUCGGAGCAGCGCCCCGCGCACCUCGAGCGACGGUGAGGUUCGCUUGGAUCUCAUGCGUGCCAAACGCUGCGUUCGAUGCGGGGCGCUAUCUCAAGACGCCGUCCACGCCACCUACACCAUCCCCCCAGCGCAACCGCUGCCAAACGGGAUGGUGCUCGAUGCAACACUGCCCGCGAACGUGCAGAUGCAGAUGCAGAUGCAAAUGCACAUGCACAUGGUCCAAGCCGGUCUCCCCGCCCCACCGACCAUUGCACCACUUCCACCUCCCGCGCUGGUGGGGAUUGAGGCACUCGACACACGCGCGCGCAACUGUCUCUGCGGUGGCACGUGGUGGGUUCUGUAA